CGUACACGUCUCUUCAAGUUCAACAGACGUAUUUUUCUCCGGUAAAACAAAUGCCGACUAGUCAGAAAGCUCCGGCUUGGGCCAUUGCGGCUGUUUUGGCCGUCUUUGCCGUAAUAGCAUAUCAGAUUUUAUUUGCGCCUGAUGAUUUAAAGGGCACGAAGAAUAUAUUGCCAAUGGCUAAGACUAUACCACUUCCUGUUGAUGGACCAGAAAGCAUUGAGUGGGAUCCACAAGGGGAAGGUCCUUAUGCUGCGGUUGUGGACGGCCGUAUUCUCAAGUGGCGCGGCCAUGAUCUUGGUUGGGUCGAGUUUGCAUACACAUCUCCUCUCAGGGGAAACUGUUCACGGCAUGAGGUAGUGCCUACUUGUGGAAGGCCACUAGGACUCAGUUUCGAGAAAAAAACAGGAGAUUUGUACAUCUGUGAUGGUUACCUUGGGGUGAUGAAGGUUGGACCAGAGGGAGGUCUGGCUGAGUUGGUAGUGGACCACGCUGAAGGUCGCAAAGUAAUGUUUGCGAACCAGAUGGAUAUAGACGAAGAGGAAGAUGUCUUGUACUUUAAUGACAGUAGUGACAAGUAUCAUUUCAGGGAAGUAUUUUACGUGAUUUUUAACGGAGAGCGGUCGGGGAGAGUGAUCAGAUUCAACAAGAUGACCAAAGAGGCCAAAGUUGUCAUGGAUAAUCUCCGUUGCAACAAUGGUUUGGCUCUAAACAAAGAUAGGUCAUUCUUAAUCACAUGUGAGUCUGCCACUGGUCUUGUCCAUCGAUAUUGGAUCAAAGGUCCUAAAGCAGGGACCCGAGAUAUCUUCUCCAAGGUCCCAGGCUAUCCUGACAACAUCCGUUUGACACCAACGGGAGAUUUUUGGCUUGGCAUACAUUGUAAGAAAAAUCUGAUAGGGAGAUUGAUGCUAAAUAAUAAGUGGCUAGGGAAGCUGGUUGAAAAGACGGUGCCGUUGAACUUCUUGAUUGGGGAGAUGCAUGGGUUUAGGCAGCAAGGGAUCGCCGUGAAAAUCUCCGGGGAGACAGGGGAGGUACUUGAGAUACUUGAGGACAAAGAAGGGAAGCACAUGCAGUAUGUGAGUGAGGCUUAUGAGAGAGAUGAUGGUAAGCUUUGGUUUGGGUCUGUUUUCUCGCCUGCCGUAUGGGUUCUUGAUCGCAAGUGAGUAGUUUCGUUUGUUGUAAGGUAGUGAUGUGUUUGUGGAGUAGUUGCAUCAUUUUACCUGCCUUCCACUUUUAUGUGUCUGUUUCCUUUCUAUAUAAAUAAAACACGGAUUCAAACACAAAUAAGUUAAUUUUGAAAUCAGUGUGAACAUGUAUUGAUUUCUACGCUUGAUUAUCUAUUAGUUUGAUGACCAAUCUUUGAUG